AUGGCUGCUACUAUGGAGACAUUCAUGAACAAGACAAAGGCUGAAGACGACAAUGUCCCGGAACAGGCACGGCUAGAGGACCAGCAUGACACGAUCAUGUAUUCCAUGGGCGGGAAGGCAUUGUAUGCACCGAUUGAUCUGACCAAGCCAGGACUUAGGAUUCUGGACUCGGCAUGUGCCAACGGCCGUUGGAUCAAAGAUUUACAGGCAUAUUCCCCCGCACCCCACAACUAUAUCGGCACAGAUGUCGUGUCGUCGCUGUACCCAAACCCACCACCCACGCAAACUCACUUCCAGGAUCAGUCGAUCAAGGAAUCUUUCCCUGAUGCAUGGCAGGGGACCAUUGACGUUGUGCAUCAGCGGCUGGUCAUGGCCGCUGCGGCCCCUGAGCGAACACCGAUUGAUGUAGUCAAGGGUCUUGCCGGCCUUUUGCGACCAGGUGGUUGGUUGCAGAUGGUCGAAGUGAGCACGACGCCAGUUCAAGGCAACGGAACGGCUGUCAAUCAAUAUAUCGACAUGCUGGAUACUCUGUAUGCGAGGCUGUAUAGUACCUCGGACCAUUUCAAUCGCUCCAACUUGUGGGGCGGUCUUCCGCAAGACAUGAAGAAUGCCGGAUUGACUAAUGUGGCCAAAGAAGAGGUGCUCGUUGCGUAUGGAGCGGCGGUGAAGGACUCAUCUGUGAGGGAAAAGAGCAUCAGGACAGCAGUUGCAGGAGUGCCCAACUUCCUGGCAGUACUUCGAACCAUGCCCAAGGCAUUGUGGAAAGAUGCUUGGGAGGAUUUGCCAACCAGAUUACACACCGAACUAGUAGAGACUGGUGGUUUCGUAAAGUUCAUUGAAGACAUGAUUUGCCAUAGAACACUAUAG